GUCCUGAUUUCUGCCUGUUCUUCCUGCAGGUUAUACUGCUUUGUCACAGAAGUGUGUCCAGCAGAGCGGCACAGACAGAGGUGCUGACGAGCUGGCACAAAUACUCAAUGACUACAUGAGCGACUUUUUGGAGGUUGUGCUGGAUUUUGGAGGAGACAUCCUGAAGUUUGGAGGGGAUGCUGUGCUGGUGGUGUGGAGAGCAUCAGAAGCUCAGCUGCCUCAGACCAUCAGCCUGGUGCUGCAGUGUUGCCAACAAAUCCAGAAGAAGCAUGGCAGUCGUGACACGCAUUUGGGUCAGAAGCUCCACCUGAAGAUAGGGAUCUCCGCAGGGAAAAUGACCAUACUGUCUGCUGGAGACAGGUACCAUCAGCAGUACUUCAUCUGCAGCAACGCCCUGGAUGAAGUUAUGAUGGCCCAAAACCUUGCGGUUAAAAGUGAAGUGAUUGUCUCGCCCACCUGCUGGGAGCUGUGUGAGCAGGAACAGAUCCAGACCAGGCUUUUUGGUCGCAAACGGGUUCUGAAGGUUCAGAGGACGGAGCACAUGUCUGGAUCAGAACGCGAAGAUGCUGCAGGCCAGUUUGACCAACACACGAAGAUGCGGCGUUUGGAAAGGCUAAGGCACCAAAGGCCACCUUUUCACGUGUCCAAUGAUCCUAAAGCGGCAGCAAAGAUGCAGAAGUACAUACCAGAAGCUGCUCUCAGGAAGCUGGACGUGGAUAUGCCGCUGCACCUGUGGUCUGAGCUACGGCCAGUCACCAGCCUCUUUAUCCAGCUGCAGUUUUCUGAAAAUGCCAACACAAUGGAUCUUCAGAGGGGCCUCUGUGAUGCCACCAGGAUGAUUUCAACAAUCAUCAGUCCUCACAAGGGCGAAAUCAACAAAAGCCUUCUGUUUGAUAAGGGCUGCACAUUCCUCUGUGUGUUCGGAAUGUCUGGAGCAAAGCUGCAUCACGAGAGCACCCAUGCCUUGGACAGCGCUCUUCAGAUCUUCAGCACGUGCUCCACAUCGUUGAGGAAUCUUGAGGCAAUGUCUAUUGGGGUCACCACCGGGACGAUGUUCUGCGGCCUCUGUGGCCAUCCGGAGAGGGCUGAACAUACAGUGAUUGGCCAUAAGGUGAAUUUGGGUGCCCGCUUGAUGGUGCACUACCCCAGGCUGGUGUCCUGUGAUGAAGACACCUACAAGGCUUCUCGCCUGCCCAGUUACUUCUUCAAGGAGUUGCCGAAGAAAGAGUUGAAAGGUGUUACAGAUCCCAGCCCUGUCUAUCAAUAUGUGGGGAUCACCAACAAGCGCAUCUUUGACACGGAUCGUACCAAGAGGAGGUCGGACCGUCGCCCCUUGCUGGGUCGGGAGGUGGAGAUUGACCUCUUUGAACGCAGCUUGAAGGCCUACGAGACUUUGGGACAGCCGCGCAUCCUGGCGUACGCAGGCAUUCUGGGCUCUGGAAAGAGCCGCUUACUUACUGAGCUGGCCUUUCUGGGCCAGGCCACUGGGCACAGGGUUGUCACCAUGGAACUGACCGAGGCCCACAUGAGGCAGCCCUUCUCUGCCAUCCGUAUGCUGGUGGCCAGGGCCCUGGGACUGCAGGCAGGUGAAACGUGCGAGGACUGGCAGCGCACCCUGCAGGCCAAGCUCCAAGGGGUGAUAGAAGAGAGCAGAUACUGCCUCCUCAACAACAUUUUCCUCGUCAAGUUUGCCAUCUCAGACGAGGUUCGCCAGAUGCAUGACCUUCAAAUGAAAGGGGAGUUGCAGAAGACUUGCAGGAAAGUGCUACAGAAGACCCUUGGAGGAGAAUUUGGCAUAUUUGUCAUCGACAACGCCCACUUCAUCGACCCUGCCUCCUGGACUGUCAUGUGGCCCUGUGCUCCAAAGCGUCACGCUCUUUAUGGUGAUGAGCUUAGCUCCUGGCCACGAGAGAACGGAGAGCUUUUUCAAAGCUGCAGCAGACAGCACAACGUCCCAGAGAAUCAGCUGUCUUCAUCUGGAAGAGCUGAAACCUGCAGCUGUGGUGCAGAAAGUCUGCCAGGACCUUGGAGUGGUCAGCAUCCCCAGGGAUCUAGCAAGGUUCCUGAUCCAAAGAAGCUCUGGCAUCCCAUAUUACUGUGAGGAACUGCUGCACUGCCUGCGUCGCGACAACGUGCUCUUGUUCAGCACUGGGAAGGCAAAAAAGUGGAGGACAACUGGGAGGGCUUGAUCGCUUCUGCAGUUGAGGCUUCACUCGUUGUCUCAGCCACCUCAAGCUCCAGUGCUGGGAAUAACAGUGGCAGGGUCUGCACCAUCAGAGCAGACGUCAGCCUGGAGACCACCGUGCUGCCGGCCACCUUGAAAGGGGUGGAGAGGUGCGUCUACAAGCAAGGAGACCACGGAGCAGCAGGCUGGCGUUCUGGCCUUCUGUGCCCCACUGCUGCAGGAGGCAGCCUACGAGCUGUGGCCCAAGAGACAGAGGGCCAGCACACAGCGCAAGUGUGCUGCCUUCCUGGAGAAGCACGCGCACAAAUGCCGGCGCUGCCACGGAGGGGACUUUGUGGCCUUCCACCGCUUCGCCGUCCCCAGUCCCCAGGACGGGGAAAACUGCCAGGGCUCUGCUGACGAGGAUGACUGGCAGAGCUGGGAGGCCUUGGUGCUCGCUGGAGAACAGCUGAAGAAGGACAGGACUCACAUCCCUGAAGGUAGUGCAAAUGCCCUGCAGCCGCAGCAGGCUUUCUCGAAGGAGGAGUUCAGCACCCUGGACAGGUGACAAGUGUUCCUGCGAAUGCGAAGCCAUCAUUGAAUCAGUGCUUGUGCCUUUGGCUCGCCACUAUGUGGCAACAGGCAAUGCUUCCCGAGCCUUCUACUACCUGCUGGAGUGUGCGGCUGCCUACCUGCACGUCUCCAACAGCUACAUGGUGAGUGACCCUGCUUGCCAGCACGCACUGCACCUGGAGUCCACUGCAACAGGACAUGCUCGCUGAGGGGCCUCCCAAAAGAAACAGUGGGGGCAGAGCCGGACUGUUUCCUGCGCUUUGCCUCUCCCACAGCAAGAGACGCGGGGCACUGAAGCAGGCCCGUCAGCACAAGCUGCGUUACCUGGGAGGCAGUCUGAAGGCUCCCUUGGUGCCUGAGCUCUGAGCCCACGGGGCACUGUGCUAGGGCAGGGAUCACAUGGGGAGAUGCGGGCCCUCCUAAGGCAGGUGCCACAGGAGGCAAGAGGGAAGGGUGGAGCUAGCUGGGGGCUCUGCACCGAUGCUCACCUGCUGCCUGUGUGCUUGCUCAAAGGCCCUUAUGAAGCUCAGAGAAGCAGAGGUCCUGAGGAACUCCAUGCGGAAGACAGCAACUGUGUUAGACUGCUUUGAGAAGGCGACCUUCUUAAGCCUCAAAGCGGAGGUCUGCUGUAUCCUAGGAUGCGUGGGGCUGGCCAAGAAAAUGACCAGGCAGGCGCUGAGCCUUCUGAAAAAGCCAUUCCCUCAGACAUGCUCCGGAGCCUUUGUCACGUCUCUGUGGGAAAGGUUUCAGCGUGCUCUUUGUGACACAAACAGAACACCCUCACUUCCGCUAGAGGCUCGGAGGAAGAAGGUAGCCUGGAUGCUUCAGCAGACCCGCUGCCUCUCCUCACUGGGGCACCUCUACAGCCUGGAGGACACAUCAGGACGACAGAGCUUGUCCCGCCUGGCAGCUCGCAUGAAAGCCAACGUGGACAGGAGAAUAGACUCCUUAAAGGAAGAAGGCUUCCACCCCGACAACUACCUUUCCAUCCCUGCUUUUCUCAGUGUGUCUUAGUAAAACAUCUGUUCUCUUAUGGUGGUGGUUGUCAGGCCUUGCCAGGGAAGGUUCAGUUUGGAAAGAAGAAGCAAGUUCUUCAUCAGAAAAGGAGAGCUUGCUUCCCCAGCAAGAGAUGCGGGGCACUGAAGCAGGCCCGUCAGCACAAGCUGCCUAACCAGGGAGGCGGUCUGAAGGCUCCCUCGGAACCUGUGUGGGCACCUGGAGAGAGACAGCAUGGGCAGGAUGGGACGUUGGAAGCUGCCGUAGUGCAGAGCGAGCAGAGGAGGGGAGGGCCACGGUGGGGGGGGGUGCUCCAGAGUCCCCGCAGGGUCAGGUGGGCUGCUCCGUCCCGAGGCGUGCUGGGAGCUGUAGUUCUGCGGUGCCAGGCGGCCACAUGGGCUCCGGGGUGCCGGCCCAGGUCCUUGCUGCGCUUGAUCGUUGGGCUGCUCCUCGUUGUGAAACAUGGGAUUAGAAAUUAGAGAGCGAUGGACUAAGAAUGAAUAUGUAGGCAACACUCCUUGCUUAAUAUGUGCUACUGAGAUGGGGAAGAUGCUAAAACUUCUCCAAAUUAAUAUUUACAGAAUCACAGAAUUUCUAGGUUGGAAGAGACCUCAAGAUCAUCGAGUCCAACCUCUGACCUAACGCUAACAGUCCUCCGCUAAACCAUAUCCCUAAGCUCUACAUCUAAACGUCUUU